AUGAAACGGACCGCCGCAACGGCGAACCUCUCAAACAGAAAGCAAAUCAUCAAGAAACCGAAGCCCGAGGUUCCAGAGUAUCACUUGACGCCGUCAGUGAGGGAUGAACACGGUGGCAUAGUAUGGCCUGCGCCAGACGACAAGAUGGAGGCAGCGAGGGCCUUUAUCCGCGAGUGCGUGUCUGCCGGCAAGCCGACUCUCAUCGUGCCGGACAAGGAUGCCGACGGCCUCACUCCAGGCGCGAUCCUUGAACGCACCCUCGUAUUGCUGGGCCUGGACCCGUCGCUGAUCACGGCGUACCUCCUGCCAAAAGGGAAGAACAUCCACGACGAGUCCUGCCGCUCGGCCAUGGCCUCUCAUUCCCCGGUCUACAUCUUCAUCCUGGAUCAAGGAUCUCGACAGUCCCCGCCUCUCGUCGACACGCUCCAUCGGGGGAUCGUCAUCGACCACCACCACGCCCUCGCGAACGACCAUCCACAAAACGCCCUGCAUAUCACGGCCUGCGACUCGCCCCCCGUUGCGACGAGCUCGCUGCUGACGUACCUCAUCUGCCGAGACCUCCACGACGGGGUCGAGGGAGCCUGUGACUGGCUCUGCGUCAUGGGCACUCACGGCGACCUGGGCAACACCCUGAAAUGGGAGCCUCCCUUCCCGGACAUGAAGGCCACCUUCAAGACGUACACGAAAAAGGCCCUUAACGACGCCGUCUCGCUAAUCAAUGCCCCGCGCCGGACGGCAUCGUACAACGUCCCCUCCGCCUGGGAAGCCCUCCGCGCCGCCAAGUCCCCAAAGGACCUCUUGACCAACAAGACCCUCCUCGCAGCAAGGUCCGAGGUCAAUACCGAGGUGGAACGCUGCACCCAUACGGCGCCCAAGUUCUCCGCCGACGGCCGCGUCGCCGUCUUCCGCAUCAGCUCCCAGGCCCAGGUCCACCCCGUCAUAGCAACGCGCUGGGCCGGCCACCUCGCCUCGUCCAAGCUCGAGGUCGUGCUGGUUGCGAACGAGGGGUACUUGCCGGACCUGGUCAACUUCUCGUGCCGCGUACCGCGGUGUGCCAGAGCAAAAGACCCGCCCGUCAACAUCAUUGAGGUGCUGCAGGACGUCGCGGCCCGCGCGGAGGACCCCACGCUGCGGGAGCGGCUGGGCGGCUCGUUUGCGAGGGGGCACAAGGAGGCCAGCGGGGGCAUCGUGCCCAUGGCCGAAUUCGAGGAGCUGAUGGCGGUGCUGGAGGUCGGCAAGAAGGCCGAGAGGGAGUCGCCAAAGAAAGCGCAGGAGCCGGUGCAGGCAAACACGCUGAUGAAUUAUUUUGGCAAGAAAUAG